AUGGCGUCCAACUACGUCGACACCGUGGCGGACGAGGGCCGGUUCCACGGCCACGGCCACCACAGCACGACGCCGACCGGCGCGGCGUCGUCGCCCAAGACGAUGCGGAGGAGCUGGUCGUCCGCCUCGUCCGCCCACAGCCACGGCCAUGGCGCCGCGCCCAAGUGCGUCUGUGCGCCGGCCACGCACGCAGGCUCCUUCAAGUGCCGCCUCCACCGCAGCAGCUCCCAUGGCCACGGCCACGGCCACCCGGCGUCCCCUCCCUCCCCGGCCACCACCUCCGCCGCGCCGCCGCCGGCCGCGGCCCCGUCUUCCUCCCGCACCGUCGCGGCGCAGUGA